AUGAGUACCUCUUUCUUUGAAUUCAAGAAACAAGCCUCUUUCUUCCUCAAAGAGAAAAUCAAAACCGCUAGAUUAGCUCUAACAGAUGUCACCCCUGCACAACUAAUGGUAGAGGAGGCAACUAAUGGAAAUCCAUGGGCUCCAACUACUGUAACGCUAAGAUCAAUUUCAAAAGCUGCUUUUGAUCUUGAUGAUUAUUCAAGGAUUAUAGAGAUCCUACACACAAGAUUGGUUAAAUUUGAAAAGAAGAAUUGGAGGGUUUCUUACAAUUCUUUGAUUGUGCUUGAGCACUUGUUGACACAUGGACCAGAAAGUGUAGCGGAGGAGUUUCAGAGUGAUAAAGAUGUUAUUAACCAGCUGAAUUGUUUUCAAUUUAUUGAUGAAAACGGGUUCAAUUGGGGCCUAACAGUGAGAAAGAAAUCAGAGAGAGUAAUGAAGCUGUUGGAAGAAGGAUCACUUCUCAAGGAAGAAAGAACCCAUGCUAGGAAACUAUCAAGAGGCAUACAAGGUUUUGGAAGUUUCAAUCAAAAAUCAACUCCAGCACAAUCCAUUCUACGUGAGAAAUCAUUGCCAACAACACUUGGUAGAAGUAACUCAGACUCAAACAACCAAGAUCAGGAAAAUAACUCCGCUUUCGCAUCUUCGAAUAGUGCGAAGAAAACCAUGAGAUACCAAGAUGCUGAUGAUGUUGGUAACAAUCAACUGCUUCAGAAAUCUGAUUCAAGUUCUAAAGAAAACAUGGAAUGGAAAAUGAAUGGAGAGUCGCAAUCACUUUUGGACUUGGGAGAGGAUGAUUAUUCUAGGAUUGGGAGGUUCAAAAUAGAAGAUGAUCAUCCAUUUAAUUCAACUAAAGAAAUGCAUAGUUCUGCAUCAUUGCUUUCUGCUAGAGAUGGAAUACUACAAGGGUGUUGA